GUAUUAUCACUAGCAUCAUAUUCCUGUUUCUGCACGAUUAUAAUCUUUAAUUUGGAGCAGUUGCUGUUACUGUGAGAGUGCAGACUUCAGAUGGAACUCGUGAUUUCCUGGUUUACGUUGUGAGUGGGACGUCCUGGUUGAGGUGGUUAAGCUGUGACAUCACCGCUGCCAGGCAACAACAACAACCACAACAACAUGGAUGCUCAUGUUAACAUUACUGUCAUCGCCUCGAAGCUGCAGAGGCUAAAGAUUUUGCAAUUCAGCAGGCGCAUAGCCGGAUAUUAGGAAUAUUUACAUUUUCCUCAGACGUGUCAUAUAAUCACAAAGAUAAACUCCUUAUGACAUAAAUUACAAUAUUAAUUUACCAUCCAAUGCGAAAAUUCACCAUUUCUGACAGCGUCAGCAAACAUUCGGGAACUUUUUUAGAAAAUUUCCACGCGCUGAUAUUGAUUUUCAAUUCAAGUUCAUUCUGUAACCAUGACCCCAUUUGAACUACUAUGAAAUGACACUUGUUGUGUGUUGAUGGCAUGAAUCCAGGUGCUAGUUUGUAAAUCCAAAGUUUGACAUUGUCACAAUCCCCGCAGCGGCUGUAGCUGCUCACAGUUUGAUUCAUGCUGCAGUUUUAUCUCCGUUUUUGGUCUCCACCUCCUCCCGAGGGGAACGUCAGCCUCUUCAGCUGCUGAACGCUGCACCGUGCUUCACGAUGCUCACUCGCUCACUGACUGUGUCUGCGGCUGUUCGCUGCCCAGCAGCUGGACGACAGAACAGGAACGACUGAGACCAGACGAACCAGACGGCAAAUGUGAUGCGAAGCAGAAACUAGAGGGUUCAAAAAAGAGAAAAGAGGCUAAACAAAACCAGACAGAUUCACGAACAACAACACGUGAAACGUUGCUCAGUGUCAUUUCAAACGUAACCUCGUCAUUUUUGUCAGUUUCUACUGUGAAGGUGUUUAAAGAAAAAAUCCAAACGGUUGAGAUCAGUCAGUGCGAUGGAGACUCGGUCUCUUCUGUCUCAUAAACAAUAGAUACCAUGACGAGUCUGGAGUAGGAAGCAGCGGCUCGGAAGAUCUGCAGCAGACAAUUUCUCCAUUUGUCUGCACAAGCCGACUGUUCUGGAUCGGAAGAAAGAUUCUUUCUUUGCUCACAGAAGAAAAGUCAGUGAUUCUCCAGCACGUGGCUUCAGAACGAAUCACUGGAGAACAGCAACAUACAAAUCCGCAGCUUCCACGAGCUUGAAUUAUCACUUCAGGCGUAUUUUUGUCCGUCCGUCCGGUCUCCGACAGAGCGGAUGAGCCUCCACUGACACGGCCACAUUGAGCCCAGCAGGAUCUUCAGCCCUGUGCACACUGACCUCUACCUGUCUGCAAGGUCGACUGCUGCUCGCGUUUGGCUUCGUUUGACUUGACAGAUGGCGAAGGCAGACCAGCGUUUCGGCCAGCGGGACGGCUCGGACCAGAACUUUGACUACAUGUUCAAGCUGCUGAUCAUCGGCAACAGCAGCGUGGGGAAGACGUCCUUCCUGUUCCGCUACGCCGACGACUCCUUCAGCAACUCCUUCGUCAGCACCGUGGGCAUCGACUUCAAGGUGAAGACGGUGUAUCGCAACGACAAGAGGAUCAAGCUGCAGAUCUGGGACACGGCGGGCCAGGAGCGAUACCGCACCAUCACCACGGCGUACUACCGCGGCGCCAUGGGCUUCAUCCUCAUGUACGACAUCACCAACGAGGAGUCCUUCAACGCCGUCCAGGACUGGGCCACUCAGAUCAAGACGUACUCGUGGGAUAACGCCCAGGUGAUCAUGGUGGGCAACAAGUGCGACAUGGACGAGGAGAGAGUCGUGCCUCCGGAGAAAGGAAAACACCUCGCGGACCAGCUGGGCUUCGAGUACUACGAGGCGAGUGCCAAGGAGAACGUCAACGUGAGGCAGGUCUUCGAGCGCCUGGUGGACAUCAUCUGUGUGAAGAUGUCGGAGCGCGUGGACGUGGAGGUGCCGGCGGCUCCGGGGGUCAAGCCCACCAGACUGACCGACAAGCCCGCCCAGCUGCCUCAGAAGUGCUGCUGAUGGUCCGUCGCCUGUCGACAACCCCUCCGCUGUCGCCCCCCCCCCCCCCCCCCCUUCAAUUUCUAUGGUACAUAAAAAAAGAACACAAAACAGAUUAACUAUCGUCACAUUCCUCAACACUCUCUCUGCUUCAGUCUGUGCUUGUGAGCAGUCAACAUCAGUAGACCUCUGCUCACAUCGGCUAUCCAGCCCCCCCCCCCCCCCCCCCCCCCCCCCCCCCAGGAAAUGCUAACUAGAAGUUCCACCUGUGACUUUAGCGCAGUUUAGAUGAUGAUGUUUAAGCCUAGGUGAUGUUAUGAGGAGAACCCAGCGCCCUGACAGAGGAGGUUUAUAUGGGUUGGUCAUGUCAUGUCAGAGUUUAUUUACCAGUUUCACAUAAAAAGCGUUCAUGUCCACAUAAAAGUAAAGUUCGGUCUUGGCACCAAAGCUAUUCUGAAGUGUCUCAUUGACUAAGAAUCUCCUAUAAUGAAAGAUAAGGACAGCAGCUCGAGAACACCGACAGCUCUGCGUUGUGCGAUGACACGAGCGAUGAAAGUUACACAAGCUUUAAAGCUUUAGCUUCUUUUAUUUUGAAAUCUGCGGCUCUUUGGUCCCUUCAGAGGUCAGAACCGUCAGGACGGUCGAACUCCAGGUUUUGUGUAUGACAUUGUCGACUUGCAGAUGAGAAGCCACAGUCAUCAUGGCUGGGCAACAUUAUUGAAUUCAAAUUGUGUCGGAGUUCACCUGGAGCGGGUUCCGUUGGCGAUCACAGCACCAACGAGACACUCGCAGCGCCACAGCCGCUCACGAUCACACGUUUACAGGUCGCGGCCGCUCACCGAGUCAUAUCGACUGUUGGCCGCUUCUCCGACAGCUCGUGAGAGUUGGGUCCACGCUGUAAAUCAAAAUGCCUAUAACUGUUCCUGGCCUUACUUAGUGCUGUUUUCUGGCUUGGAAGACGCUUUAGGGCUACACCACCGACGCACAACCCUCAGGCAGGGCUGCAGCCGACAUCCAGCGAGUCACAGACUCAACAGACGGGGGCGAGUCCCCAAGCGACACAGCAGCAGUCCGACAUGCUACUGCCAAGUGAUUUCAACAGCUCAGAGACUGAUCAGACUAAUCAAUAGACCGUAUGCACUGGAACCAUAUUAACGAAAUUUGUGUUGCACUUUUCAUUAAGAAACGGUCAUAAAACAAGGGAAUCACAUGGAGGCCGUGAAGUGCAAAUCACAACGACAAAUAGGAAAAACACAACGGCAAAGACUUUUUGAUUUGCUGUUGAGAUUUGCACUUCAGGGCCUCUGUGGAAACACUUACCUCAUGUUAACACCACGGCCAUUUUUUUAAGGCCGACAUGAAUAUAAUAAAUCAAUAUAAUCGAACAACAUGUUAAUCUACAGAAGCACAAUUUGAAUUUACCAAAGAAUAAUUGGGGGGCGGACUUUUCCCUCGUAAUUAUGACUUCUGCAUCACAAAAGAGACCCAACGUCCGGUCGAACCUGAGGCGGCAGGUUGCACCUUCUCAAAUCUCGAAAGUUGAAAUUUGUCUUUUGUUGUUAAACUUCCGCAUGAGGUUCACUGGUGUUUCCCAAGACUCAGAAACCAAACUGAACAAACAAACAAAGAUCAACUCCUCGGGUCCAGAGCCUGUCGACUAGCAGGGGCUGCAGCCCUGCUUCACGGUGGCUUGUAGCUUUUUGCACAGGCCGACAACCCGACGCCACACUGACGGGGUUUAUACUCACACAUGCAACAUGUGAGCAGAGCUGACGAGUGAAGAGCACAUGGUUCUCUCCUUCCCCCGUUAGCAGGUGUUGUCACGUAUAGUCGUCACGUUUGCAGUGUUUAUUACAUGAACGUGAGUGUGUGCGUGUGUGCGUGUGAUAUUAGAGCCAACAUGUUCUGUGGUUGCAUAUGGUUAUCAUGAUAUUUAUUGCGUGUUCAGUCGUGAGGGUUUUUGUGUUCGUGUACAGUAUCUUUGACGGAAGUGUGAUACUUUGAUAAAAUCACGUCAGCUGAGAUACAGUGCGUGUGCAUAUGAAAGACUGGAGGAAGGAAAAAAAAAGUGCAUUUAUUAUUGAAUAUUAUGAAGAUAGAAAUAAAACAAUGUCCUGCCAAAUUGUUAAACAGGCGACCACAGCCGGACAUCUGUGUGUGACUCCCCACCACGUGUCUUCAUAUUGAUGAAAACGUACAAUAAUGUUGACAUUGUCUUCAUAUGAUUAUUUUUUAAAGUGAAUUUGUAAAUGAUAGAAUUAGAAAAUCAUACUGGUGUUGUACGAAUUAAUGCAUUUAUUUUUUAUGCUGUGUAUACCAUGGACAAAUUAUAUAUAUAGAAAGUUUAUGUAAACUUGUCGUCUUACAGUUCGCUCCUAUACAGGGGGGAGAAGCACAAAGUGAUUGUACAAAAAUAUUGUGAAUGUUUGUAUAUUAUAGAUGCAAUUUAGUAUAAUAAAAAAAAUCACAAUCUUUAAUCAUAA